AUGGCGGAGAUGACGAUGACGAUGACGACAAUGGCGACGAUGAGGGCGGUAAUUUCGAAAACGCGCGUCGGUGCUUCCCUGGAUCCUGGAACUGGCCGCGUUGCCGCGACGGUGGAGGUGGUAAGUGCUAUCCGGGGUCGUGGAACUGGCCCCGCUGUCGUUUUGAUGACAGGUGCUUUCCUGGCUCAUGGAAAUGGCCACGGUGCCGCUUCAAACUGUGAAGCGUUGAGCAUCAAAGCCUAG